AUGCUACUGGAUGGUAUGGUCGGACAAGAUCGAGACUACAGCUCUAAAGUGGCGGAUCUAGCCAGUAUCAACGAAAUCCCGGGAAACAUGCCUGCCCCCAAAGACUCGAAGAAACAGGACCUGAAUGGCCAGACGGGCGCCAAUGGCAAUAUCCCACCCCCCAAGACAGAUAAGCCUCGGCCCCACGUUUGCACCACUUGCACCCGUUCCUUCGCGCGAUUGGAGCACCUCAAGCGCCACGAGCGAUCGCACACCAAAGAAAAGCCCUUUGAAUGUCCAGAUUGUGCACGAUGCUUUGCUCGCCGUGAUCUGCUUCUGCGACACCAGCAGAAGCUACACAUGACCACGACGCCAUCUUCUCGGCCGAGAAACGGUCGCCGUGAGAGCACGGGUGCUGCACCCGGUGUCAACCGCGUUCGUAAGAACUCCAUUGCCAAUAAUUCAUCGGCAUCAGUGCGCCCAAGGGCGAAUACCAUCAGUCAUAUCGACGGGGCCGCGCUAGGUAUUCCGGGUGCUGGUAACCCGUCCUCGGCCCCUCAAUCGGGACACUCAUAUCACCCUAGCCUUAGUUCCUCAAUCGGCUCAAGCAUGGAUUAUAGGGGAUUCAGCUCCGGACAUCCUCCAGUAAACGGUCUCUCGAAGCUCGAAACUUCCGGCCUUCCCAUGGACAUGUCUGGGUCACUCAGGACUGCUCCAGUGUACGGGAGUUUCGAUACGGGUAUAGAUGGUAUGCUCAUGGGUCACGGAAGCACCAUAAACCCAGCACAAUUACAUUUCGCAGGCUCCCCGCAAGGCUUCGGCGACUCCCCUUCGUCUCCAUUCGGUCACUAUCACCAAAGUGGAUUACCCACGUCCGUGGAUCCCAUGAUGGACGAAGAGAUGAAUUUCGAUUGGAUGAAUGGGUUUGAUGCAGCGGUGGCGAUGGGUAAUGGCAAUGACUCGGUCAUUGACGAGUCUUCGCCAUCAGCGAUGAGUACGGGUAGCCAGAGCGGUAUCAGCGAGGCCAUGCUCGAUGGCCCGAAUCGCAUCCCCAUAUCUAAUGGCUGGCACAACCCGUUCCCUACCCACCACGCAGCAAACCAGUUCGCGAUCGAUUUCUCCCCAACGACUUUGAAUGAUCUGGGGAUACCCCCAGAGACUGUCUCGCCCAAGUCUUUAAUGGCCCAGAACCCGUUUACAGAGACUUAUGCCACCCCACCAUCUAUGACCUCGGUCGGCCAACCCAUCAUGGGAGGGCAUUCCCAGAGUAUGUUUUCAUCCUCUCUGGCAACAAACGGAGAAUCUCCUAAUCCUCUCAACGUUUCUUUCACGAAUAGUGCCCUACGAAAUCAACAUUCCCCAGUCUCAACGGAUACAUUUACAGAAUCCACACGACAGGCUCUAUUAGCGAGCAUGUCGACCCCCACUGGCUUCAAUCAUCGCAAGUAUUCCCAGCCCGCAAGUGGACUUUCAAACAGCCGCGAUCUGUUCGCCCGUUCGACUGGCUUCAACAGCUCCGGUCAACUGCCCAGCACUUCGGACUUGCAGCGAUACAUCUCGGCCUAUAUCACCUAUUUUCACCCUCACGUCCCAUUUCUUCAUAUCCCGACCCUCAAUUUCCAAGCCCCCGAAUACACGAAUAACUUGCGCACCCCCAGCGGACACCUCAAUCUCAGUUCUACCGGUGUUGCCGGCGGUGGAGGCUGCCUGAUUCUCUCCAUGGCCGCCAUCGGAGCCCUGUACGAAUAUGACACUGCAGCAUCCAAGGACCUCUUCGAAGCCGCGAAAAAGAUGAUUCAAUUAUACCUCGAAGAGCGACGAAAAGCCGACAUGUCUGCUGCUCUCAACCGUUCCCAAUCCCCCCGCGAUAACUCCGUCCACAACACUCCGCUCUGGCUCGUGCAGGCGAUGCUUUUGAAUGUGAUUUAUGGCCAUACCUGCGGCGACAAAACAUCCGCAGAUAUUGCUAGCACUCACUGCGCGGCUUUGGUCAGCCUAGCCCGAGCAGCCGAAUUAACUCAGCAUCUGGAUCCCAAGAAUUUGCCCCAGGAUCAUCUCAGCACCGGGCUCACCACAAACAACCUUUCUGGCGACAGUGACAACUGGAUGUCCUCGUCAGUUAGUCAGCCCAAAGAACGCCGGGACUGGUUGAACUGGAAGGUUGUGGAAGAGCGGAAACGCACCCUCUAUGCCAUAUUCGAUCUAUCCAGCUUUCUUGUCUCAGCCUACAAUCACGCUCCUGCACUCACUAACUCCGAAAUUCGUCUCGAUCUGCCCUGCGAAGAAGAUCUCUGGGCGGCCGAGUCGCCUCAGGCUUGGAAGAAUAUGGGCGGCCAAACUGCCUCGGACAAAACGUUAUCUUUUUCAGCUGCCUUGACGUCUCUUUUGACCGCCAGCCAGCGAGAACAAAACCAAUCGUCGAACCUGUUCUAUAGCUCAGAUGAUUUGUCUAACUCGGAAAACCGACCGAGUACUUUCGGCUGCCUGGUGCUCAUCUACUCGCUUCACAAUUAUAUAUGGGAGACACGCCAGAGACAUAUGGGUCGCCAAUGGACUGCGCAAGAAACCGAUGCCAUGCAAGCACAUAUCGAGCCUGCUCUCCGGGCCUGGCAAGCAGCCUGGGCUAGCAAUCCAGUUCACAGCCUCGAGCGACCAAACCCAUUUGGUGCCGGUCCAUUGUCCGCAGACAGCAUUCCUCUGCUUGAUCUAGCCUAUGUCCGUCUAUUUGUCAACCUCGGGCGCUGCAAAGAAGCAUUUUGGCAACGAGACUGGAACGGCAUGGCAGAUGAGCUUGCACGCGGCACCGAGAUAUUUCAACAGCAAGACGCCACAACAGACGACGUUGUGGAUCCUUCUCUGACAGGCUCUCUCGAUUCCAGACGUGAUUCGAUCGCUGAUCUGGGAGUCUCUGAUCUCGCUAUCUCUAGAACGCCGACGCAAGAUGAGCCCAUGCAGACUCUGUCUGAGAUGUACAAAACCGGCCAGACUAAACGGGAGAAGCACCUGCGCAAAGCAGCUUUCUAUGCCGCUGAUUCUAUAUCCAUGUCUGAUCGUCUAGGCAAUACCUUCGCUGAAUUCUCAUCACGAGAAUUGCCAAUUCAAUGUGCGAUGUGCGCUUUCGAUUGUGCGCAGGUUCUAGCAGAAUGGAUCACGACCGUUCAAGAGCGUGUCGGUCCCUACCUUGGCGUUUUAGGCCGCGAUGAUGCAGAUCUGACUGGUGUUCCUGGGGUCAUGCUACUUGAAGACGAGGACUGCAAACUGGUGGACAAGAUCAAGGAAAUUUUGAGCAGUAUUGAAAGCAAGAUGCAACGCCAAGUGCAACAUAGCAAUUCCAUGUCUGCACUCAGUGUCAUGCAACGGCUACCCAGUGUUGUGGAAGGUGGAUACGGAUGUAAAAUAUUGAUUGCGACAGCCAGUCUCCUGGAUCGAGCUGCUGUCUGGCCCGUCACGAAACUGAUGGCCCGCUCGCUCGAAGCCCAAGCCAUGCGAAUGAAGGAGCGUACCGAGCACUCCCUUCUUAUGACCACUUAA